ACAGAAUAAAAAUAAGAAAUUGAUAAAAUCUUAAAUAACUUUAUGAGUUUUGUGAAUUAAAUUAUUUAAACAGAUUAGGAAUAUAAAACAUAGCUUGUUUUAUCAGAAUAGGAUUAAUAGAACCAGGAAAGUGUUCAAUAAUCGUCUGGUUUAGUGUCAAAAGUGUAUUGAGAACGACAACAAAUUCAAAGCAUAUCUAGAAAGUAAAUUAAGAAAGUGUGAAGCAGAACAACAAAAACAGCUAGCAAAUAUGUAUCAAUCGGAAUGCAAUUCAUCUUAUUCUCGCGCAGAGUCACCGUCUAUAACAACGAGUACCACCACUCAAUCUGUUUCGUCCACAUCAAACCAUUCCACGACUGUAUUGUGUAAUGGACAGUAUAAUAAUGGAUAUAAAGGAAAUAAUUGUAAUGAGCAGCAGAAUAAAUUUAGAAUUUGUCGUGAUUUCGUUAGAGGCUCUUGUCGUCGUUUGUUGUGCAAGUAUCCACAUGUUACUUCUCCUGAUUUAGUAGUGUUUUGUCAUGACUUUCAAAAUAAUAAAUGUCCACGCUUAAAUUGCAAGUUCUUACACUAUACAAUUGACGAUGAAGAGCAUUACAGAAAGUACGGAGAAUUCCCAAUUAUUGGACAGCAAGAUGAUUUUAGUAAUAAUCAGAACAUGAAUAAUGUUAAUAAUAGUGGAAAUAAUCAUGAUUAUUCGGGAGACUAUGAAUAUAACAAUAAAGGAUAUUUCAGUAAUAAUUCAAACUCAUCAAAUGGUAACAGAUCACUUCCAUCAAUAUUAGAUACGGAAAUGUUUCAUCAUUGUCAGCAGAGAAUUGAGGGUGGAUGUAGCCAUAGUUUGCGUUGUCACAAUAAUGACAGAGGAUUCUCAAAUGUUUCAAACAGUUUUAGGAAUAGCUUAAAACGAUUAAGUAGCCAAGAUCAAGACUUUAUGCAACAACAAGAAUCAAAGUUUAAGAGGUGUCGUGAAGAUGACAUUAUGGUCGUUUUAAGAAGAUUUGAGGAAGAGCAUCAAAUGCUCAAAAGACGUGUUGAGGCUAAUGAGUUAAAAAUUGCGGAACUAAGAGCAUCAAAUGAAUAUUUAAUGACACAAAAUGCUCAAUUACGUAUUUCGACAGUUCAAGUUUCACGUGUAGUUAAUCCAGUGACCGUUACACACACUCAAGCUCAACAGCAACAAGCACAGACACAAGUUAUAAGUGCAAGCAUGGCACCAGUACAAAAUCCACAAGUUCUGAGUGCACCAAUAGUCUCAAUGGCAGCGCCACAGACACAAAUUAUUACCACUCCACCUAAUGUCCCUCCAAUUGUUGGUACGAUUCAUGCUACAGCCAAUACAUCACAACAGACACAACAAAUCUUGGGAACGUCACAAAUCACUUUAUCGCCUGCUGUUCCUUCAAUUGGACUGUCUAUAAACACAUCACAAGCACUUCAAGCAGCUAUUUCAAAUGCAAGUCAACCAAUCAUCUCAUAUCCGAUUAUGACGCAUAGCAUUUUACCUCACUGAUUAUGUCUAUCAAAUGCAUUAGACACGGACGUUAUUGGAUAUUGAAGAAUCUUUUGCAUUAAUAAACACACUAAAUUGACUUGAUAAGGCACGCGAGUAUGAAAAUAAGGAACAAGAUAAAAAUAAUAUUUAUUUUAAAUAAUUGAAUUAGCGUAGAUUGAGUUUAAAAUUAAUUAUACUUAACAAGUUAUAAUAAAAAU